AUGUUCCUGUGGAACCAGUUAACUUACUAUUCUAUUGUUGUGUUGUUUUUUGCUUUGCUUUCAUAUCUGGGUCUUCCUAUUUUCUUCUUUCUGUUGAUGAUCGGUUGUGGUGCACUUUGGUGGUACCAUAUUCCAUCUCUACCAGGACACCUGGCAGCCCCAAUACUCGGGGGUACGUUACCCAAGGAGAAGGAAAAUGUGAAACCCAUGAUUAUUGCCCACCGAGGAGGCGCGCUGGAUGCACCCGAAAAUACUAUCGAAGCAUUCGAACUUGCCAAGAAAAAUGGUGCAGAUGCAGUGGAAUUUGAUGUUGAAAUCACUAGUGAUGGUUGUCCUGUCCUUAUGCAUGAUGACACUCUUGACCGUACCACUGACGGGACUGGGUUUGUACGAGAUCAUGCCUAUGAACAAAUUAGCAAGUUGAAUGCAGCUGCCAAAUACAAAAACAGAGAAUUGUAUCCUUAUGUGAAAGUUCCAAGCCUUGAUGAAGCUGUCAGAAAAUGUUUGGAAUUGAAGCUGAAAAUGUUUAUUGAUUGUAAAAAAUCCUCAGCACAGACUGUUGUCGUAUUGCGGCAACUAUUUGACAAAUACCCUGCAUUGUAUAAAGAAGCAGUUGUCUGCUCCUUUUUCCCAAAUGUUAUCUACAGAGUUCGACAGGCUGAUCCAAAAAUAGUGACUGCUCUGAUCCAUCGACACCAAUUCAUUACAAAAGUAGAAAUGGAUGCAGAAGAUCGGUGGACACCUGUCUGGCAGCGUAUAGCAUCACGUGUAGGAGAUGUAAUUCUGGAGGUAGCACAUUAUGUAUUUCUUUGGUAUUUGUGUGGAACAUCAGGAUUUCUUAUGAAUAGAGAUUCCUACUCAGGGAUUUUCCAUACAUUCUGGCUGAAGCGAGGUUUACGCGUUGUAGUAUGGACUGUGAAUGAUGCCUAUGAAAAAGAGUACCUGUUGAAAAGCAGAGGUUGCAGUGUGAUAACAGAUACUUUGCUUUGA